AUGAGAUCUACGAUGAAUAGUUUCAGUUUACCGUGGAUUAUUCUCAUACUAAUCAAAUCAAUUUCAGCUGUUUCUUACAAUCAACCGAAAUUUUGUCCAAAUGCAACAUGGAAUCGUAAUGCAACGACUUUUGCACAAAGCAAUAUCGUUGGAUCAAUGCCUUCUUCGGUCUUCAUUACGAAAAAUAACACAAUUUAUGUGACUAAUUAUCAGUAUGGUAAAGUCAUAGUUUGGAUCGCAGGAAAUAGCACACCUUCAAAUACUAUAUCUGGUAAUUUAAACGAACCACUGAGUCUUUUCAUCACGGAUGAAGGUGAUAUUUUGGUUGAUGCUGGUAAUCCAAAUGGUCUAGUAGCCAGAUUUAUGCCAAAUGGAACAAAAACUGCUCCUGCAAUGUAUACCAGUUCGUACUGUAGUGGUCUCUUUGUUGACAUUAAUAAUACACUUUACUGCGCAAUGGACGUACUUCAUCAAAUUGUUAAAUGUUCACUAAGUAGCAGUUCAAAUGCAACAAUUGCUGUUGCCGGUAAAUUCAACGAAAGUGGAUCAAUGCCGGAUGAGCUCAACUAUCCUAAUGGAAUCUUUGUUGAUAUCAAUUUUGAUGUAUACGUGGCAGAUUCUGCGAAUUCCCGAAUUCAAAUUUUUCAAGCGGGCAAAUUAAAUGCAACAACAGCAGCUGGAACAGGACUAAAUGGAAGUGUGACACUUACUUAUCCAACAUCAGUUGCCUUAGAUGCUGAUAACAACCUCUAUAUUGUCGAUUUCGAUGAUAAUCGUGUUAUUGUAUCAGGACCAAAUGGGUUUCGGUGCAUCGCAGCAUGUUCAGGCAAGGCUGGUAGUGGACCUACUAAAUUAAAUGCACCUUCAUUCAUGGCUUUCGAUACUUAUGGAAAUAUGUUUGUUGUCGACGGAAAUAAUAGUCGUAUUCAAAAAUUUAGCCUAAUAAGUAAUUCAUGUGAUUUGACAACGUCAGAUCCAACUACGACACAAUAUCAAACAAAGUAUAGAACAUCAAUUGAUAGCACAAUAAAUAAAAUAACACAAAUCACCUCAAAUAAGCAAACGACAGCAUCAACAAUUACAUCAACGGUAACUACCAACAUCACAACAAAAAUAGCAACAACAAUAGCAUCAACAACAACAACAGCUGCAGCUGCAGCUGCAGCAACAGCAGUUACAGCAACAACACCUGCAGCAAUACCCACCACAACAAUAGCAACAACAACAACAGCUGCAGCUGCAGCAACAACAGUUACAGCAACAAUACCUGCAGCUGCAGGAACAGCAACAACAACACCUGCAGCAACAGCAGUUACAGCAACAACACCUGCAGCAAUACCCACCACAACAAUAGCAACAACAACAACAAUACCUGCAGCUGCAGGAACAACAACAACAACAGCUGCAGCAACAGCAGUUACAGCAACAACACCUGCAGCAAUACCCACCACAACAAUAGCAGCAACAACAAGAACAACAACAACAGCUGCCACAACAGCAGUUACAGCAAUACCCACCACAACAAUAGCAGCAGCAACAACAACAACAACAGCUUCUCAAAUAUUAUUUGCAAAUCAAAGUUGCUUUUCUCCAAAUGUUAUGAUCAGUCCGCCAGCACCAUCACUUAAUUCACCACUGGAAAUACAACGAAGUCAAGAUAUUUAUUUCAUAUCACUCAUAGACUUAAAUUGUAAUCAAUCCUUUUCAGUCUCAACAAAAUGGACAGUUACAGGUUGUACAUCAAUCUGUUCUAGCCAAAUUGAAUUAGAUGAACAAAUCAUUACAACAUACAGCGAAUUGUAUAUUCCACUUGGAACACUCCAAUAUGGAAUCUAUAAAUUCGACUUAACAGUANACUAA